AUGGCCAGCCGAGGAGAGUACUAUCAAGAUCCUUCCUCGUCGACCUCGCGUCAACGAGAGGAGGAUUACUACUCCUCAGCCCACGCGACGACGGAUCAGUACACUCGCUCAGGUCAAUCGUCUGGCUAUCCGCCCGGCGCAGGUCCAUCCUCGAGCCAAAGCUCGCCGAGGGACUACAGGGGUACAGCAUCAGCAGGGGCAAGUCAUGGCAGUCAAGCAGGCGCGCAUUACUCGACCCAAUCUCAACGUAACUCUGCCUAUCCUUCCCAUUUUGCUUCGAGUACAAACGGACCGCGGUACGCCAGCAUGGGGCCGAGAUCGCUGCCCGCACUCUCAUCGCCUUAUCAGAAUGGCAUGGGCGAAUUUGCGAGAGAUUCCGUCCUUGACGCGUACUCUCAUCACCCACGAGAUCAGUACGAUGACGGCGCGAGAGAUAGCUACGCAGCCGGACCGUCAGACUUACCCUCGCCUCCGCCGCCGCCCAAAGACUAUAGCAAGGACAUGACGCCAAGCCCGUCGUCGCACAAGUCGAUCAGCACCAAUCCGCUCAUCGAUCUCAUCGACACCGAAAAGGCUUACGUCGACGAUCUAGCCGUCGUCAUCAAGCGCGUUGCGUCAGCUUGGUCCAGGUCGAACUUCCCGCCGCCAGCGCUUGACAUGGUUUUCCGUGCAAUAGAAUCUAUCUACCGGAUCAACAAGACCUUCCUCGCCCGUCUGAGGGACAUUGGGCCCAAUCCACAGACUGCUAAAGCACUUGGCGAUCUUCUCAUGCGAUGGAUUGAGGAUCUCAACAAGCCGUACACGAAUUAUACCCUGGCCUACCGGUCUUCAUUCGACGAUUACGAGCCCGUUCAGUCUAAUCCGCAGCUUCACGUCAUCCUGGCAGCGGUCAGCUUCCCUGCGUCGUUCCCAUACACGCCCUCGCCCACAUCGGACAGCGGACGAGAACCAGCGACGACGCUCGAUCUCUUGUUCAGCUUACCCUUGCAUCGAUUGCGAUACUAUAAGCUCCUCUAUGCUCGCUUGCUCAGAAGCACCACAGAGGGCCGGAACGAUCACCGUUUGUUGCUCGGCGCGAACCAGCGUCUAGAUUCCCUCAUCGAGGCGGCUGAGAGAAAUUUCCGCAACCGUGCAGGCGAGCGAGGUUUGCUGCCAUCGCAGACGGCGCCCGACGCGCUGUCGACUUCUCGCAGAUCACCUUCCGCUGAUCUGCCAAUGCUACCACCGCCUGUACCGUCUCGCGACCGCGAGCAACACGGCGGCCGCCAGCCCUCCUUCGAUCACGGCAGAAGGGAAUUGCCACCCAUCACACGCGCCGACGGCUCGAUGCCAGACUUCCAGAGACUUCAGUUCGAAGACAACAAUGCACAUGAAGACGACGAGGAUCUGCCGACUCCUACAUCCCCAAACCCACCGCAGUCAUUCAUCAGGCGGCCCUCGGACAGUCGACAGCGGCAACACGGUCGCGAGCAAUCGCUCUCGCCAGUGCCACCCCUACCCUCUACGCCAUCUUCGGGCAAAGAUUCGGCAGAGUCCUUCUCUGGCCAAGGCUCGGCAGAUUUGCACAAUUCGCAGUCAACUUCGAGUAGCAUGACCACCAUGAGUUCAAAUGGUCCCAGUCUGCGCAAGCUAGCAAGCGCCAAUUCGCAGUCGCAAAGUCUCACUAGCUCUGCCCUUAUCACAACGACCGACAUUGAGCAGAUUCUAGACACGUCUGGCACACUGGAUAUCUUUUCGAUGACGCCGAAGAGAUGCAAAUUGCACUUCAAUCCAGCCGGGGCUCCCAUGCGAAGAUCGGUUCGCAAGACAGGCAAUGUCUACCUUUCUUUCAGACCCAGCUGCGACCCGUCUCAUGCCGAAUUUGCGGUCCCAAAUGCGCAUCUCAUCUUGCUGACGGACUUGUUACUCAUGUGCGAGCACAAGCCUGGCUGCCAUGAACCGACGGGUCGGCUGGAGGACCUAGCGCUGCUAUUCCCACCUCUUUCGGUGCGACAUCUGCAAGCUAGUCCUGUCGAAGCACCAGGCAUGGCUAUCUUCAGCCUCACAUUGCUCGAUCGGGAGACGCUCUACAUGACUGUACCGGAAGAUCCGCACCGCAUGCAGCGCGAUCACUGGUUACACGAGCUUCGCAACUCGGUACCCGCUCCGUCUGGCCCGAUGCCGCUGGCCAACGCUUCCUCUGAAUCUUCCCUCAGCUCCCGCGGCUCGGCAGCUCGCGAGUAUUCGCAAGACUACCAGUCUCGCGUACAAGGUCCCGCCCAUCGAUCGUCCGCGCCUAGCGCUUCCCAUCGCGCUCUGCCGCCGCUCGAAGAUCCCCAUCAGUCUCAGGGUGCACCACUCGCUUGGAACGGGCGGGAUGAGCGUGAUACGAUCCGAAGACCUGCUCGCUCACCCGCAAAGACUGAUUCAGGCAAUAUGCUGAGAUCAUCAACCGCCUCGAGUCCGGCUGCUUCCGGGGUCGUUCGACCACCGCGCAAGACAAGCAUGUACGGGGCCGGCUCCUUCGAGAACAGAUCUGGACAGAGCUCGCCGGCAAAGUCGUACAGCGAUCAAGGAAGACCUGGUCAGCGCAGUCCGGUCGACAUCUCUCGUCCUGGAAGUGCAUCACAACAAGGCCGCAGUCCCUCGCCCGCACAGUCCUACCAACACAAGGCGCAGCAUCUCAGACCCGGCAAUCACGGCAGUCUUUCAUCGGAGGACUCAGAGAGGCUCAGCGAUUCAGCAUGGUCUCACCGCUCGCCGAUUCAAGCAAGACGACCUUCGGGUGGCAGCCAGCAGCAGCAGAGGAUGCUCAAAAAGUCUACUUCUGCAUAUUCCCUGGCGUCCAAUCACUCGAACGGGCAGAGAACGCAGCAAGCGAGUCCUAUGGGGCGAGCGCCAUCAAUCUCUCGCAGAACAGAUCCCGGUGCCUCUGCAGCCGCCCUCCUGCAUGCACCCGGAUCCGGAGAGCACCAUCUUCUUCGCUCUCGAUCUGCUGAGCAGAUGCGCGAUCGCUCCGGCGAGAAGCAAUACAAGCCGCCUUCUCUCAUCAUGGACUUGAGCGGUCCUAGAACAGGACCACGCUCACCUGCACGCGAUGAGCUGGCUGGCUUCCCUGGAGGCACGCGCAAUCCAUCUCUACCUUCGAGAGCGAGUCGCAAAGGCGGGCGCGAUCUAGACGAUGACUACGAUAGCCCUCCUGGCAGUCCCAAUGAAGCAACAGGCGCAGUAACGUCCUCGGUCGUGGCAGAGAUGCGAUGCAAAGUCUUCCUCAAGCAGAAUCACUCUCAAUGGAAGUCUCUUGGCGCAUCGAAACUGAAGCUGUAUCAGCAGAUGCCGACGAACGUCAAGCAGCUCGUGGUCGAGUCCGACAAGGCAGUCCUCAUCUCUACGCUCGUGCUCACCGACGGCGUUGAGCGUGUCGGCAAGACGGGCGUAGCCAUCGAGAUCAGCGACAAGGGGGCUAGGACAGGCAUCGUUUACAUGCUCCAGUGCAAAAGCGAAGUCUCUGCUACGGGACUGUUCAAUCAGCUGCUGAUGGGCUCAGACCGUAUGCCGGGUCGAUAG